GUAGGAAAAUCCCAAAGAGUACUGGUAGAAUGUCCUAGGUGUAAGGAUUUAGAAGAAAUUUCAGAAAUUUAAUGAAUAUGUGCUUUGUUUCUUGGAUGUACCAGAUAGAUGAUUUUUUAAGACAUACAAGAUUAUGUAUGAAAUAUUAGUUGAAAUGUGAUUUUGGAGUCUAAUGAUAUUUAACAUAUUUAAGGUGUGUAAUACUGGGCUGUAGCGUGGAACGUCAUUGAAUUUGGUGCUACAAAGAUUUCCUUUUAGAAAAGAAGGCAAUUCUUUUGAAGAUGAAUGGCACAGAAGCAAUAGAAGAUCCAGAGUCUCUCAAAAUCUUGGAAAAAGACUGUAUAUUUCUUAUAGGAAAGAAGAAGGAAAAUGUUGUUGAUGUUACUGCAGAUUCCUUGGUGGCCCUUUUCACUCUCGAGUGCUGCCGCAAUCCAGCAGUGAAUGUGGUGCUUGUUGAGAGGAAAGAUAGCAGUACCACAAAAUCAAAUGCCAUCGAAUCUGAUAAAGAUGUAUGGUUUCCUGUGAAUGUUGAAACACUUUCAUUCCCGCUCUUUUGUAUUGAUGAAGAUAAAUGUCCAGAUAUGAUACAAAGCUGCUUGCUACCAGCAGUAUUAACAUCAAGUAAACCUUGGUGUGUUGCAGGUUUGUGUUCUUCUCUCAGGUAUAUGCUAAGGAAAACGGUUGAAGUAUUUCCAGGACAUUUUUGCCAAAAGUUUCUUGGUUUUCGUGGAGGGUGUCUACAAGCUUGUGCAGAAGUUAGUGUUUGGACAAAAUUCUGCGAAAUUGAGAGUAUUGGAGCACUUACAGAUUUUCCAAUAUUUACAUACCUUAUCAAAAAGAAUGUAACGGAUAAAGUUCAGCAACAGGAACUUUGUACAAAAAAGUUAUCAGAACUUCCAGAAUUAGAUCAUGAAUUUGCAGAAGGGCUUGAUAUGACUUUAGCUGAUAUCAUGCUCUUUGGAAGUUUUCACAUCUUGCUUUCAGUUUUAAAGAAGCAUGUAAUACUUAAUGAUGUAUGCCCAUUAGUAGUAAGAUGGUAUGGCCUUAUAUCUAGUAAUGAGUAUGUGAAAAGUGCUUUACCAGUCCUUGAUAAGGUUUUAACCAUGGAUUCUUUUUGUGACACAGAUUUGAGUACUUUAGAAGUAAUAAUACCAGUAGUCCCAAGUGAGAGUCUGUACAAAAGUGACCCAGAGAGAUAUAAGCCACGUUGGCGGUCUUACACACACCAGCAUGACAUAGAGAGAAUUUUAAAGGUUUUGGAUGAAGCUGGUAUUGCCCCAGUAUAUGAUAGUCACCCAUCAGAUGAUCUGAAAAUUUCAUGGUCGUCAUAUCCACUUGCAUUUAGUCCCCAAGGUGGAGAAUUGCCUGCUAAAAGACUAGAAAGAAAAUGCCAACAACUUGAAAACAUAGUUUCUGCAGUCAAGGAAGUAGCCAGAGAUGGAGAUAUAAUUGUUGAUUUUGUGCAGGUGGAGGUCAUUCUUUCCGUCUCUGUACAAGAUUACUUAAUUCUGGGUCAUGCAGCAGAUCAGACCCAUGAUGAGAGUAAUCCAAAAACAAAGCAAGGUCAAAAAUGUAUGCAACUCAUUGACACAGAUAGGUUGGCACUUGCACAAAGUUUGGGAUAUUCCACAAACUCAUUCUAA